AUGCAGGCAGCUGGUACAAGCGGCCUUGGUGGCACGCCAAGCAUCUUUGGUCAGAAUACUUUUGGACGAUUGUCUGCCAGUCAGAGCUCUGCUGUUGCACAACCAGCCCCUGUUACGAAUCCUUUUGGAACUCUACCAGUGAUGCCUCAUAUGUCAAUUGGUCGCACAGGGAUGUCACCUUCAAUUCAAUAUGGAAUUUCUAGUUUGCCUGUGGUUGACAAACCUGCUCCUGUUAGGAUAUCGUCAUUGUUGACUUCUCGGCACCUUUCUCAAAGGCAGAUUAGGUUGCCCGUAAGGAAAUAUCAACCUAAAAAUGAUGGUCCAAAGGUACCAUUUUUUAGCGAUGAUGAAGAGACACCCAGUGCACCUAAGGCGGAUGCUCUUUAUGUUGCCUGGGAGAAUCCAAGAGAUUUGGUAAUUCGCCCCUUGGAACAGUGGCCGUCUAGAGCAAAUCCAGACAAAACAUCACCUCCAAAGGAUACAUCCACUCCACCUCAUUGGAAUGGUAAAAGGUCUGAAGCAGCUUCUACCCCUAAUUUGUGCCACCAGUAUGAACUUGAUGGUCCAGUUGAAAAUGGCCUUGUCAAAGAAGGACUUCAUCCUGUUAAUGCAAACCCAAAACCUAAUGGACUCCAUGAUGAUCAUUCUAUCCAGAAAGGGGAUUCGUACAUUACUGUUACUGGCCACCGUGCUGGUGAGGCGGCAAUUGUUUAUGAGCAUAGGGCUGACAUUGAGGCACUGAUGCCAAAACUCAGACNCGUACAUUACUGUUACUGGCCACCGUGCUGGUGA